UCCUUCCCGCGGAUUUUCAAGGGUCGUCGGGGGCGCACCGGACCCUGCAAAGGUGCAGGGCUCUGCCAGCCAUGGAACCCUAGCUCCGGACAAACCGAUUUCAGGGUGAUAGGCUGUCAAGAAGAAAAGAUAACUCUUCCCAGGACCCCGCCGACGUCUCCGCGUUCAGUUACGUUGCCGUGGAGAAUCCACAUCCAGGUGCCGGAAUGUUAACCGGCUUCCCUUUCGGCACACGGCGCACGAGGGCGCCUUUCAAACGGAACUUCCCUAUGCCUUAGGAUCGACUAACCCAUGUCCAACUGCUGUUCACAUGGAACCUUUCCCACUUCAGUCCUCAAAGUUCUCAUUUGAGUAUUUGCUACUACCACCAAGAUCUGCACUAGGGGCCGUUCGACCCGGGAUCACUCCCAAGGCUUCGUCACGGACCCCCACGCCUGCCUACUCGUCGGGGCAUCGUUUCUACCCCGACG